CAGGGAGGCGCUGGUGCAAAGACACGACCGACAGCGCCAUCGUUCUCCGACUAGCCACAGCAAACGUCUCGGUGACAGCAAUCCAAGUCCAAACACCGCCCAGUGUAUUGUAUGUACAAUAUUACAUUCAGCAAUAACGAGGUUGUUUCGCUUGCCACCAAUGCUCCAUACUACCCGGACAAAUCCCCGACCGUGAGCUGUCACUGCCCGAAACCACUCCGAAGCCGGUCCACCACGAGACGGACGGGACCUCCACAAACCUUAACCUAUUCCCAUUCCUCCUCGUUGAACACCCCAUGCAGCGCCCCGAAGAUGCCCACCUCAACUCCGAAGUCCAGCCUCUCCCCCUGGCAGCCUCGGCGUCCUCCCUAAACACCAACCUCCGCCUCCAAAAAGCCCGCCAUACCCUGCCCCCCGACGCCCACCCCCUAGCGCAGUCCGAAGCCUCGCUUCCGUCCACCACCCUCCCAUUCCGCGACCGCCGCUCCAACCCCCCUGGCGCCGCGGCCGCCUCCCUCUUCCGCUCAACCCUCAUAGGAGGAGCCACCCCGCCCGGCUCGCCGAGGUCCGCCUCCCCCGCCCGCUCGCCCGCCCGCACCUCGACCACACCAACCCCGCUCACUGGCUCCAUCUUCGGCGGCGCGGGGCCGUUCAGUAAACAGUCGCUGCUCGACACCGACGCCGUCGGCAACCCGGGCGAUCCGCUGAACCUUAUACUCAAGAGCUUCGUGCCGCACGUGGCGAUCCACGCGUCGGAGGACGCCGACGGGCUGGUGCGGGAAAAGGGCUUUGCGGGGGGCCUGUGGGAGCUGUUGCGUCCCUUUGGGGAGCGCGUGCAGGGCAAGGUCUCCAUUAGGGACAGCAACGGCGUGGCGAGGAGCUGGGAGGACUUUACGGUGCGGUUUACGAGGUUCGGGGCGGACGCGGCCGAGGAGCCGGAGCCCUUUAUUGGCGGUGGCGGGGGGACCGUGGCGGCGGCGGCGGCGAACGGGCAAUCGGUGAGGGUUGCCGGCGACAGCCUGAUCGCGCAGGUUGAGACGGUGGUGGAGAGACACCUGAGAUAUGCCGAGGAGGCCCACGUGGCGACGACGGCAAUGACGGCGCUGCCGUCACCGACGACUACGAUGUCCACGACACGAGAAAGGGGGCUGGACUCCAACGCUACAUCCCCGUACUAUGCGCUCUAUCUCCGACGGUUGCUGUCCGGGAUCCCGCUGGCGUGCCACGAAUCGUUUGCCCAUCCCGUGGCGUGUGUAAUGGCCAUUAGCUCGAGGAACCAGGCGCCUAUCGAGGCGCUUCACAGGUUGUACAAGGAAACGACCCAGGGCGAGCGGAGGUUGCCGGUCUGGGUUGAUGGUGACUAUUUACGGUAUUAUGUUUUAAUCCACGACGAAGAGAAUGGCGACAUUACCAAGUCCAUGGCCUUGUUUGAUCAGAUGAAGCGGAAUUUUGGUUUACACUGCCACAUGCUGCGGCUUCGCAGCUCGCAGAGCGCCGAGACUGACGACGACAGCAUACCCCUUCCCCGGAGCGACUGGAUGACCCCGUCCGAAGAGCUGGCGGAUAUUGAGGAGAGUGAUACUCGGGAGGAUUUUGAAGACCCUACGAGAUACAUCUUUGAGUCGGACGCUACGGCAAUACGGACUUUUGUGCGGGAAAUGGUUACGCAAUCCGUGGUUCCCACCAUGGAACGGAGCGUUUCGGUGUGGAAUGACCAGGUGGCAUCACGGCGGCGGGGCAUCAGCGGGCGGUUCAUGAGCCUUUCGAAAAGAUGGGCCUUUGGCAGUUCAAGCCGCAGCUCAUCUGGGGGGCCCGCGAGCUCGUCGAGCAACUAUGACGUGCGAGGUUUCUAUCGGCCCGACAGCCCCGAAGCGAUCAUGCGAAGACUGGCGGAUUUUGCAUUUAUGCUGAGGGAUUGGAAGCUCGCCAUGUCAACUUAUGACCUCUUACGCACCGAUUUCCAGAACGAUAAAGCAUGGAAAUACCAUGCGGCGGCUAAUGAGAUGGCCGCCCUAGCGCUCCUCAUCAUGCCGCAAAACAUGUCUUCCAAGACACGCAUCGAGACCAUCAAUCAGAUGCUUGAGCAAGCCUUCUACUCAUACUACACUCGGUGCAACUCUCUGUACGGCGCCGUGCGGUGCAUCGUGCUGGCGCUGGAAUUGUUGCGCCUCAGGGGCGGCUCUGGGAUAGACGAGGCUGUGCGGUGGGGCAUCAGGCUGCUGGAGUCGAGCUUGAUGGGCACGGUUGGCGACGCCUUGCUCAAGGAACGUAUGGCGAUUUGCUACGCUUCCAAGCAAGGAGCCGGAUCACAGGCUUGGGGCAGCAGGAGGCGCAAAUCCGCGUUGUGGAGCGUGCUUAGCGCUGAGGCCUGGGUCACACAGGCAAAGUACGUCCAGGCGCAGAAGUGUCUGAACGAAGCACGGAAAAUGUACGCACUGCUUCCAGGCGAAUGUGGCGUGCAAAACUUUGCGGUGGCUAGCGACUUCUUGGCACACCUGAAUGACCAAGUCAAGGAAGGAUUGGGACUGGGCAUGGCAUGGAGAGACCACAUGGGGGAUGAGCACGCCGAGCCGGAGCUACUGGUUGAUGAAGAGAGUGAGACUCUAGACAACAGGAGGUCACGGAGAACUAGCAUUAUAAAUCCGGUGGGAGGUGGCUCUGCCGGCCUGGAAUCAGCACCGUUGAAUCCGCUGAAGCCAGUUGAAGAUGGGAGUGACACAUCUCGGAAGGACGGGUUUGGUUAAGGGAAUGGGGCGAAGCAUUCCCCUAUGGCCGAUAUUGCUUUGAUAGAAACCACAAGAUAGACAAGGCGGCAAGGCAGGGACACGCAUGGACGGGCGUUAGGAUUGGGCCAUCAACAAUCUAAUCAAAAGGUAUGAUUAAU